UAUUUUGUACACAGUUCAAAAAAUAACACACACACACACACAUAUAUAUAUAUAUAUAUAAUCAUGAUUUCUUCAUCUGAUUCUGAUGUCGAUCAUCAUCUUCAUCUUCAUCGUGAUCGCGUUGGUCCCCAUACAAAACCAGUCAGACUCUAUGGCCCUGGAAGGUCUCUUCAUGCCACUUUUGGAGGAGGAAAAGUUGCUGACGUAUUGUUAUGGAGGAACAAGCAACUAUCAGCUGCAAUCUUAGCUGGGUUAACAUUUAUAUGGUUUCUAUUUGAAGUGGCAGAGUUCCAUCUUAUUACUCUUCUAUGUUAUAUCCUUCUUUUCUCAAUGGUAGCCAUAUUCACGUGUUUUAGAGCAGCAUGGCUAUUUAAUCGGAAUCCACCAGAGUUUGAUGAAAUUACUCUGCCAGAAUCCACAUUCAGAACUUUCUUUAAAAAUGUCAACUGGGCUUUACUGAAAUUUUAUGAUAUUUCAAGUGGAAAAGAUAUCCGACUCUUUUUUCUGGCAAUAUGUUCUCUUUGGAUGUUAUCAGUUAUUGGGAAUUUUGUGAACACUUUGAAUCUUUUCUAUAUUGUGGUGUUGUGCUUAGAAACACUUCCAGGUUUGUAUGAGAGACAUCGAAACGAAGUGGAUAAUCUUGUUGACAAACUCUACCGAGACUCCCAAAAUUUGUUCACCAAAUUUGAACGCAGUGUGCUCGACAAAAUUCCCAGAGGACCAGUCAAAGAAAAGAAAUAUUACUGAUCAGAGUCAAAUGAAAAUAUAUAUAUGUAUAUAUAAAUAAUGAUCAAUUAAUACAUAAUUUAAGUUGUGAAUGAGAUGACAGUGAAAAGUAUGUAAUUGUAUAUCAAUGUACAUGUUAUAAUGUGGGAUAAAUAAUAUAAAUUUAGCUCCAUCAACUAA